AUGAGCGCACAACCAUCCACUCCUUUUGUCAACGGUGAAAAGUAUUUGAUUGGAGGAGAAAUUCUCCACUGGCAAGGCAAAUUUGAACCUGUUUAUUCUCCAAUUACGACUCUUGACAGUAAUGAACAAGUAGUCAAAUACCACAUUGGUAAUUAUGCCUUCAUGAGCAAAGAUGAAGCUGAAAGUGCAGUACAGGCUGCUGUCAAAGCUUUUGACAAGGGAAGAGGAGAAUGGCCAAGUUAUCCAACUGAAAAGAAAAUUAGUUGUUUGGAAAAGUUUGUCGAAGGAUUAUUGAAGAAGAGAGAAGAAAUUAUUAAUUUAUUAAUGUGGGAAAUUUGUAAGAAUCGAUCGGCAUCUGAACAAGAAGUGGACAGAACCAUUCAAUACAUUAGAGACACCAUUCUUGAACUUGAAAAGUUGGAAACUAAGCAAUCGGAAAUUAUUUCUGUCGGAGGAGUGUCAGCACAAGUGAGAAGAAGUCCUUUGGGUGUGGUUUUGUGUGUUGCACCAUUCAACUAUCCUUUCAAUGAGACAUACACCACUCUGAUUCCUGCUUUGAUUAUGGGUAAUGUGGUCAUUUUAAAGACACCAAGAACUGGUGGAUUGUGUCAUUAUCCAACCUUGGAAUUGUUUAAGGAAUGUUUCCCAGCUGGAGUUGUAAAUGUCAUUCACGGAUCAGGCAGAGAAACUCUUCCAGCCAUGAUGAAAACAGGUUUGAUUGAUGUUUUGGCAUUUAUUGGAACUCACAAUGCUGCCAACUCACUCAUUAACUCACAUCCAAAUCUCUUCAAAUUGAGAAACGUUUUGGGAUUGGAUGCCAAGAAUGCUGCAUUUGUGUUACCUGAAGCUGAUAUUGAUGUUGCUGUUGCUGAAUGUGCUUUGGGAGCUUAUUCUUUCAAUGGACAACGAUGUACUGCUCUAAAAGUUUUGUUUGUUCACGAAUCUAUUGUGGAUGAAUUUGUCACUAAAUUCUCAAAGGCCAUCGAUAACUUGAAGAUGGGAUAUCCAUGGGAGUCUGGAGUGAGUAUCACUCCAUUGGCAGAACCUCAAAAGCCAUCCGUUUUGAGAGAACUCAUUAAAGAUGCUUUGGAAAAGGGAGCAAAAAUUGUCAAUGAAAGGGGAAUUAAAUUUUCAGAAGAUAAGGAAACCAAUCUUGGAAAGCGUAUCGACAGAGGGUGUGCUGCUCUUUUCGCACCCACUGCUCUUUAUCCUGUCACUGCAGACAUGAAGGUGUAUCAUGAAGAACAAUUUGGUCCAAUUACACCCAUUGUGAAAUAUUCUACACUUCAAGAACUUGAAGAUUAUGUCACACAAACUUCCUUUGGUCAACAAGCUUCCGUGUUUAUUAAGACAGAGUCUGGAGUUGCUGUCAACUCUGAAUAUUUUGUGCCUUUGGUAGAUUUAUUGACACAUCAUGUCAGUCGUAUUAAUAUUAAUUGUCAAUGUAACAGUGCUGUAGGAACAUUAUCUGUCUACGACGCCUUAAGAGCCAUGUCCAUUCGUGCACUUGUUGCCACCAAAGAGAGUGGAAAGAAUGUUCAAAUGUUGAAAGAAAUUAGAGAAUCAGGUAAAUCACAAUUUAUUAGAGAGUUCCCAAGCAAAAAGUAA